AUGCGUGCGCCGAUGCAGCAUGUCGCGUUGCCGAAUAAUGCACUCAGCACGAUCCUGGAUCGCGUCGCGCCGUUAUACCAGGUAGAUACGCCAUGGCGCGCACGCUUGGGCAAGGCACAGGAGGAUUUGCGCAGGCAAGAUGUUCCACGCAGGCUUGCAUUUGUAGGCGCUGCAUCAAGUGGGACAAGCGAGGUGGUCGAUGCGCUGCUUGCUGAACCGCACGAUGCUACCCUACGAGGCGCGAUGGAAGCGUUGCGCGAGGCAAGACCGGGUAUGUAUGGGACGAUGGUGCGUACCAUUGCAUACGGGCCACAGAUCAGUUUGGAUGGGGGCGUGCUGCAUAUUCCGCACCCCUGGCUGCGGGACGCCAAUGUCGAGCUUGUCGAGGUGAUCAAUCCGUCUGCGCUCCCCGAAACGCUCGAUGCGUUGUACGCGAGCGACGCUCUUUAUUUCGUCACGGAUGUGAGUGCACUGACAUUUUCCGAGGGUGAGCCGAUGACAUCUGAGCCUGCUGUCCGACGUGCGCUCGAGCUAGUCACGUCGUUUGCACAGAAGCCCGGGACGAGUGUGGUGGUAAACUUGCCGCAAGACUCUUUUCCGACGCUCGACUUGGCCACCAUACACCGCGCCUUGCAAGCGACACUUGGCGCAAGCACCAUGAGCCAGCUUGCGUUGCAUGCAAGGCGCGACGAUACGCUUAUUGUGCCGGGCAUGCAUGUCGUCUCUUCUGCGCUUGCGAUGCGCGCCAAGGCGUGCUUGGAUCCUGAGCACACCUCGUGGCGCGACUUUAAUCAGCUGUUUGCUGCUUCGCGCUUUACUGCAUUGUUUGACUCCAUGAAAUACGUUCGCACAGACAUGCUCCCCCGUGUUGCAUACGUCGCACAGACCAGUAUCGAUAUUGCGCAGAGCGCAGAGGCGAACGAAGCGGAGCUGCUUGCCUCUGCGCAGGGCUACGCAAGUGUGCUCAAAGAGCAAGCUGAGUUCCACAUGGCCAGCCUCCGCGAGCAAAUUUUCCCGGCACGCAUUUCCGAAGAGCGGCCGCUUCCUGCGCAUCUCCGCAAAGGCGAUGCCAGUGCAAGUGUGCCCGGAUUCCUCGCCGAUUCGCGGCACAUGGUCGAGGCGACUCUUGCCAAGCGCUUUGCCUGGUACAAGCUUUUUUUCCGCAUGGACGAGCUGCGUAUCUCGCUCCUGUACUCUGUCGGCAAGAGCUUUGGCACGGAGCAAGAAACGCGGCUCGCAUACGAGGCUGGGCGUUUGCGGGGAGUCGCCGCCGAGCAGAUUGCAAACACACGCGACGCAUUAGAUGAUCUUACACGGCGCGAGAAGCGCGAGCAGAUUGGCUUGGGCGAGCAAGAGACUGUGGCCCAAGAUAUCUCGUCCUUUGACAGUGCAACACUGCGCAAUGCACUGAGCUCUUUUAACGAUACCCAGCUUGCCGCGAUUCUUGUGCCUACCUGCUUAUCAGAUCCGAUUAUGUGCCGGCGGCGUCAGCUCCUCUCGUCAAACGGGCCAGUUGAUCAAAUGACGGCAAGCGCACAGCGCGCGACGAUGCGCACGCUCGUGUUUUUGGGCCUGAGCUACACGCUCUGUGGCUACGGCGCAUUGGCGCAUAAGCACACACAUGUGCCCUCCGUGCCGCCGCCAUCCGUGCAUGUGCAGCUUCCGACAGAUUUUAUUGCGUCUAGCUGGAUGCCAUGGGACUUUUCCGGGUUCACACAAGCGCUCACGCGGUUUGGCGACGCGUUUGUCAUGAUGCCCAGCACUGCUGCAGGCACCGCACUUUUCGCGACGCUGUGUGGUGCAUGGUACCUUCAAGGGCGCUGGACAAGUAUUAAGCGCAAGUUCUGGAGCGACUGGGACAGGAUCGUUGGCGCCGUCGAUCGUGACGCGAAGGACGACCUGGAUGCCUUGCUGCGAUUCGUUUUUGGCGCGCCGCUGCACGCCUCCCAAGUGCUGAAUGAAAAAGCGGUUGUGCGCACCGCGAGGCAUUUAGAGCGGGCAGAUUUGCUGCAAAGACUGCGUGUAGACAUGAAUAGUGUAGAGCGUUCAUAG